AUUUAAACUAGGCCACGCGAUCUAGUCUGAGUGCCUUGGACGACUUAAUGAAAUUUUCGUGAAAUUUUGCGUUAAUUUGCCAUUUUGUCAGCUGGAGCAGUGGAUUAUAUAAGAAGAACAGGGUACAGUAUAUCGUCGCAAUGGAGUACCUAACUACAGUACUACAGAAAACGCUGAAGGACAAGAUAGGCACUUCCGGUGAACCCCCUCAUGACGUCACAGAUUUGGCCAAACAUAUCGGUGAUUACUUCCGGCUCCAUCUCCAGGGCCACAUUCCUGAAUUGAUCUUCCUCGACCCGGAACCAAUAGGUACAGCUGCUGAGGGCCUUCAGAUCGGCGACGAAACCGAGUGUGAUUUCCUGCUAAACAUCCAGGUGCCUUCCGAAACGACCUUAGUUGCCGUAGAACCCAACCCAGAAUGCCCCGGGUCCUGGCUUGUUCAGAAAACCUCGGACGACGAGGGCCCGAGAGAUAAAUUUAUGGAAAAUGGGCCAAAUGGCAACUCCUACUUCGCGCCUUUAAAAGUCUCAAAGUACCUUCAUAGCAAAUUAGACCAUGUUGCAAAAACGAAAAAUUUCAAGGAAAACUUCCCGAAGGUUGAAGGAAUUGAGCAGACGACGGGGGAUGAUGACGUCAUGUUGAAGUUCAAGGUCACUUUUACGUCAAUCGGGUUUAAUAAGGCCAAGGCUGUGAAAUUCACCGGGAACGGCCCAGUGUUUUCUUCUGCUGAAUUCGAAAUGCAUAUGUAUUUGGGUAUGAGUGUUGGUCACCGAAGGUUGAUGGCGAAGCCACACCCAAGUCAUUCCAAUAUGGCGGAUCAGGCCCCUUUGCUAUGGAUACAGGGCUUUGCACACGAGGAGCGUGACAUGCUGCUGCAUGCAGAUCGAGGCUGCGUCAGGCAAUGUUUACGUCUGAUGAAACACCUAGGCUGCAGACGACCAAAGCAAUUCGGACCUCUGACGCCAUUUGUUUACAAAACAUUGCUCUUCUAUGUUAUGGAGGUGAAAAAGUUUCCCGAAGAAUGGCGCGAGGAGCAUUUGGCUGAAAGAUUCCAAGAUUUGAUGGUAAAAUUAGGAGACUGUUUGAAAGAGAAAAGACUGGACGAAUUCCAUCAGAGGAAGAAGGGAAAGAAGUGUAUAAAUGUCUUCAUUCCGAGGUACGAGGAGUCCUAUUUGGAGGAACUUGGCGAGUAUGUUGACGGGGUCAACGAAAAGGGAGAGCAAGGAUAUAUUGAGUUGUUCCAGUCGUAGAUUGAACAUGUAUACAAAAGUAGGGCUGUCGAUCAGAUAACCUAAGUGCCAAAUGCUUUUGAAUGUACCUGAAGUGAAGGGGGUAAUUAGUUGCUGAAAAAACGAACCCCGAUUGCCCCCCCCCCCCGAUCAUGGCUUGUUCAGAAAACCCUAACCCAUACGAUGGCUUGUAAAUGGACAAAACAUUAUUUUAUCAAUGUAUAUAUAUAUAGACGUAUUUCUGUGGGAUCAUUUUGUAUGUUUUAUAUCAUUUUGAAUGUAGACUAGUAUACUUGGCAUAACAAAUCCAGCACUUUGAGUCAGCACAAAUGAAGUACAUUUUGUAUUUGUUGGCAUAAGAGCAACUUAGCGGCUUAAAUUCGAUAUGUAACGCUUGCGUUUCGCAUAUUUUGAAAUAAAAUAAGUUGAAAGAUUAUUUCAAAACUAGUAAGACUGUAGCUGCUACCUAUAAGGAUGAUGCUGUAAACAUUAAACACGAUUAGAUAAUGAUAACUAGUACGAUUGAUAAUUAGCUUUGAUUAUAUUAACUAGGUACGCUGAUGGUAAACACAAGUUUAGACAGUGAUACUCAGCACAAGUAGCUUUUCUUCCAAAUUUGGGUUUAAUCGCGACAUUUGAAAUGAAUUUUAUUGCUUUUUUUAUAAGAAUAUUACAUGUUUAGUACAGCGGCGUUCAAAACGUCAUUUAGAUAUCAGAAUACUAUAUGGUGAUUUCUUUAUGGAAAUUUGGUUCCCGGAGAAUUGUUCAAUAUUGUGUAUAUUAUAGUAUGAUGAAGUAUAUAUUUAGGGAUCCAUCUAUUGAGGGAUUAUUCUCUACUUGGUAUGAUGUAUAAAGUUAUGUAUAUUAUCCGCCUUUUUGUGUGCAAUGGCGAAAUGUUCUACGUUUUGUACAUACAUCAUGGAAAUCAUGUAAUCGGUUGCGAUGGUAACCCAUUCGUUACCAUGAUUAAUUUGUCGACUUUUUCAAUUUAAAUUAGUUUUCAACUGUUACUUUUAACUGUGCAUAUAAGUGUUUUAUGGAAAAACUUAUUGUUGAUCUUUUAGUUUGGAAAUAUCACUGCGAAAAACGUCAUAAUAAGUUGAUAACGAUAAGAGCAGUAACUUCAGGACUAUUUUAUAACAUAAAGAAACUAUUUGAGAAGUCGCAUUCUAGAAGAUGCUUAUGCAUGGUGAAGACCGUCAUAUACCCGGAAAUUUGAAAUCAAAUUCGUCAUUUCUCGGAAGAACUGGGUCUACCAAGGCUUCGUACAUGAAACUUGUGAAGCCAAGUUUAGAUAAAAAAAGUGUAAAUAUCAGUCCGCCCAUUUUGAUACGAUUUGAUAAAGCCUUGAUUAAGACGCUGAAGCUAGUUUAGGUCGUAGAAAAGAUUGUCACAGUGGUCUUUCAAUGUACAUGUACUUUGCAAGGGCUUUGUUUAAAGACAAUAGGCCAUGUGUUUUACUAGGCUUGGGUUCUUUUCACUGGGAGGUAAGAGGUAAAGCAAAGUAAACGCUAGGAUGAGUGUAGCCAACCUUUAGCUCUGUGUAACACUGGUGGUAUCUUUACCUUCCAAUUCGGUGACAGGAUUACAUGCCCUAGUUAAUGACAUCGAGAAGAAUGGGUAAGUUUACAAGACUGAUAUUGGGACGUCCUGUAAAGAAAUAUAUAUUAUCACCAUAAACAGGAAAUCAAAUUUAAGGUGGUAACUGACGUUUAAAGAUCUUAAAAGCAGCAUUUGUGUAUUCAUGAACUCCAAACUUGUAUAAUAUUGUAAUUAGUGUGCACUUCGCCAUGUAUUUCGUUCUAAACAGUGUCCAAGAUGUAUGAACUCAAAAUGGGCUUUUUAAUAAACAGUGCUUUUUAU